AUGGCGCCACCUCAGAUCAAGCAGGAUCUGAAUCGCUCUGGCUGGGAAACGACCGACUUCCCUUCCAGUUGCGAGAAUUGUCUGCCCGAUAAUCCCUAUGUCCAAAUGUUGAAAGAAGAGUACGGAGCCGAAUGCAAGAUAUGCACCCGUCCGUUUACAGUCUUCCGCUGGAAAGCCGAUCGAACCUCCAGAACCAAGCGUACAAACAUCUGCCUUACUUGCGCUCGACUCAAGAACUGCUGCCAGUGUUGUAUGCUCGACUUAUCCUUCGGUUUGCCUAUCACAGUUAGAGAUGCUGCUCUAAAAAUGGUUGCGCCGGGUCCACAGUCCAGUAUCAACCGAGAGUACUACGCCCAAGAACACGAGAAGGAACUAGAAGAAGGACGAGGUGCAGUUGAAGCGUAUGAAAAGACAGAUGAGAAAGCCAGAGAACUGUUGCGCAGGCUGGCUAACAGUGAGCCAUACUACAAGAAGCAAAGACGGCUGGAAGCAGAGGGUUCUCAAUCCAGUCAACAACAACAACAACCACAACAGAAAGAGCAGAAGCAAAGUGGUUAUGGUCCUGGGCCUAUUCGAACUGCAGACUCUAGAAAAUCCGGAAGCGCACAUCGCGGUGCUAAGGCGGGACCCGGUGGUGCUAGGGCCGUCACAGUGGCAAGACCCCCUCAACCCGAAGAUUGGCUUCCCCCUCCGGAUCCCAAUAUCACCUCGCUCUUCGUCACCGGUGUCGAGGACGAUCUGCCAGAACACGCAAUCCGUGCCUUCUUCACUCCUUUUGGUCAGAUCCGGUCUAUUGUCUGCUCCCACCGAGCGCACUGCGCAUUCAUCAACUAUGCCACAAGAGAGGGAGCCGAGGCUGCGGCGGCGCACUGCCAAGGGAAAGCAGCCAUCCAAGGAUGUCCGUUGCGAGUUCGGUGGGGCAAGCCGAAACCGCUCGAUAAUACAGACCGGGAGCAGAAGAUGAGCUGGGCAAGGGAAGGUCGGGAAACCGCUGCUGCUGCCAGAGCUCAGCAGUCUGGCCAAAGGGCUAUCACCACUGGCGAUAACCAAGCUCAAAUCGAGGGUGCAGAUGUUCAAGAGAAUACUAGCUUCGCUGUGGCGCCUCCACCAGGCCAAGGGGAAGUCACCUAUGCCAGUUUGGCUGGUGAUUGA